AUGAAUAGUAAAAGAGCUCUUCACUUCGUUUUCAAAGUGGCCAACCGCAAUGAAACAAUUGAUUUUUACAAAAGAGUUCUUGGGAUGAAGGUGUUACGACACGAAGAAUUCAGCGAAGGUUGUAAAGCAUCCUGUAACGGACCUUAUGAUGGAAAAUGGAGUAAAACUAUGAUAGGCUAUGGUGCUGAAGACAAUCAUUUUGUUAUUGAGUUGACCUACAACUAUGGCGUCGGUGGUUAUCAACUUGGGAAUGAUUUUCAAUAUAUUCGCAUUCAUAACAAGGCAGCUUAUUCAAGAAUAAUCGAUGGAUCAUGGCCGAUUACAGCAAAAGAAUCAGAUAGUGUCAGAGUUGAAGCACCCGGUGGUUAUACUUAUUGCGUGCAUAACUGUGAUAGUGAUGGUGAUCCCGUUCGAAUGGUGGCGUUAGCUAGUUCAAAUCUUCAACGUUCUAUCGAUUAUUGGGCCGGUAAACUUGGCAUGACCGUAGUAUCAUCCAGUGGAGAGGAAGCUGUAUUCUGCUAUUCACCGAAUCAAUGUCACUUAAAGCUGAUUUCUAUUCACAAGGCUGUAGAUCAUGCUAGCGCAUUCGGUCGUAUCGCUUUUGCUUGUCCAAGUAGUCAGUUACCAGUUUUACAAAAUGUAAUGGAUGCACAGAAAGAGACAAUUCUUACGCGUUUGGUGAGUUUGGAUACACCAGGCAAAGCUACAGUACAAGUGAUUAUUCUUGCAGAUCCAGAUGGUCAUGAAAUCUGUUUUGUCGGCGAUGAAGCAUUCAGACAACUAUCUCAGAUUGAUCCAAAAGCGGAUAGUUUACUUCAAUCGGCAAUAAAUGCUGAUAAAAGUGAUGAAUGGUUCAAGAAACACGGAGGGAAGACAACAAAGUAGUAGAAGUGGUGACUUUUUUUAUUUCUCGGCUGAUUGUUGUAAUGAUCUUGCACGCGCAUGAUUUUGUUCU